UAAAGGGCCGCGCUCUUUACGCAUGGCGCUCCUUGUUGACAGGAGGGCUAUGGCUGUUCGGGAGGGGAGAUGGUGAUGCUCCAAAAGAAUAAACAAAAGCACGUGGUGGGGAUUUUUUUUCCAGAGUGAAAGCUGUGAGGUUUUAUCUUACAAUAGUUCGAUUUAAGAUGGGAAACUUAAAUCGUGCCAGUGAGUGACGCCUCUAAAACUUUGAAACAAUAACGUUUUAUUUUGUUCUAGAAGCAGAAGCCGUAACAACUAAACUAGUUUAGUUGUUGCGGCUCAUGAGCAACAUCUGCAAAGGGAAAAACAACAACAACAACAACAAAAACAAACAAACAAAAAAAAACAAUAUGUAUGGAUCUCCGUGAUUUUAAUCGCAUCGACUCUUUUAAGAAAGUCACGCUGCUGUUCUUUGUGGUUUUAAUUCGGUGCUACGAGUUCCAACAUUCACGUGUGCGCUGCUCCACUGCCGUGGGUUCCGCCAGCUUCUCCCCCAUUUGUCCACUUCUUCCCCUCCCACCUCUUUGCAGCACCGUCAAGCCUCAGGUUGGAGCCGAGCAUGCCUUAGAUUCCCUGGAAGAGGAAUAGACGUUUUUUUUCUUUUCUUUUAAUUUCUUUUUUUUUUUUUUGUCUUUGCAGCUGCUUAUUUGCAGCAAGUGUGCACCGGGUGCAUUUGCGUUCGUGGGCUGCAGAAAUUAGUGGGUUGGGAAAGACUCGAGAUUUUCUCUCUGCCCCCUUUUUGCUUUUCUUCUUCUUCUCCUAUUCCUUCUUCUUCUUCUACUCCGUCGCUGUGGCUCAGUCCUGUUUCCCGCUUUGGCUGUGGUGCAGGGGGGAAAGUGUUUAUAUGGGGGAUGAUGACAGAGGUCGGGUCGCGCUAAUGGGCCAGUGAAGAGCAGCGAAGGGAGGCGAGGAGAGGAAAGGAGAGGAGAGACGAAGCGCGCACAGCCGACCAGGAACACAUAACAUUAAUACACUUGUUCCAUCACCAAUCAGCAUAGGGAUAUCCCCUCCGUCUCCGCCGAAGACCAUUGGAAACUAAUUUUUCCUCUUCAAAAGUUCCGGGGGAGAGCGAGACACUCAAAUCCUGGUCGGCUUUUUGGCUUUUUGCUCUUUUUUUUUUCCUCCCCCCCUCCUAUUAUUUUGGUGUGGAGAGCGGGGCUCUACAGCCUAUAGUUUAAAAAGGACGGAGGAUGCCCCAAAAAGAAUACCACAACCAAGCCACGUGGGAGUCUGGCGUAGCCUCAAUGAUGCAGAACAAGGUGUAUGACAUCUGUGAUGAAGGUCACAGUGGCGUAAACCAGCUUGGUGGUGUGUUUGUUAAUGGCAGACCGCUGCCGGAUUCCACCAGGCAGAAAAUAGUUGAACUUGCUCAUAGCGGCGCUCGACCCUGCGACAUCUCCAGGAUACUGCAGACCCAUGAUGAAGUCCAAGUGCUGGACAGUGAAAAGGUGUCCAACGGCUGCGUGAGCAAGAUCCUGGGCAGAUAUUAUGAAACUGGCUCCAUAAGACCGAGAGCGAUAGGCGGCAGCAAGCCCCGCGUCGCCACUCCGGAGGUGGUCGCCAAAAUCGCGCAGUACAAGCGGGAGUGUCCGUCGAUCUUUGCCUGGGAGAUCCGCGACCGGCUGCUGUCGGAGGGGAUCUGCACCAACGACAACAUACCCAGCGUGUCAUCAAUAAACAGAGUCCUCCGCAACCUGGCGAGUGAAAAGCAACAGAUGGGCGCAGAUGGCAUGUAUGACAAGCUGAGAAUGCUCAACGGUCAGACAGGAACUUGGGGGACCCGGCCAGGCUGGUACCCCGGAACAUCAGUGCCAGGGCAGCCCAACCAAGAUGGCUGCCAACAGCAGGACGGCGCAGGAGAAAACACGAACUCCAUCAGCUCGAACGGCGAAGACUCGGAGGAGACGCAGAUGCGUCUGCAGCUCAAGAGAAAACUGCAGAGGAACCGCACGUCUUUUACGCAGGAGCAAAUCGAGGCGCUGGAAAAAGAAUUUGAGAGAACGCAUUAUCCAGAUGUUUUCGCACGGGAAAGACUAGCGGCGAAAAUCGACCUGCCCGAAGCAAGAAUACAAGUAUGGUUCUCAAACAGAAGAGCAAAGUGGAGGCGAGAGGAGAAGCUGCGGAACCAGCGUCGACAGGCCAAUAACUCCUCCAGUCACAUUCCCAUCAGCAGCAGCUUCAGCACCAGCGUCUACCAAGCCAUCCCUCAGCCCACCACACCGGUGUCUUUCACCUCGGGGUCAAUGCUUGGCAGGCCUGAUUCUGCACUAACAAACACCUACAGCGCGCUGCCCCCCAUGCCCAGCUUCACCAUGGCCAACAAUCUACCUAUGCAACCCAGCCAGACCUCCUCUUACUCCUGCAUGCUGCCUACCAGUCCGCCUGUGAACGGGCGGAGCUACGAAACAUACACGCCCCCUCAUAUGCAGGCACAUAUGAACAGCCAAUCAAUGACCACUUCUGGUACCACCUCAACAGGACUCAUCUCUCCUGGAGUGUCUGUCCCUGUCCAAGUCCCAGGGAGCGAGCCUGACAUGUCUCAGUACUGGUCAAGACUACAGUAGAGAGAAGAGCUACUUCACCCUGUAAGCACCCACUCCACCAUCGCCCUCCGGCAGUGCUCCUCACAAAUACAUGGCACAGGAGAGAAAGGGGGAAAGAAAAAGGCGCGAGAGGGUUGAGGAAGAGGCAGCAGACAGGAGAGGAAAGAACGAGAGGGACUCUGGGAGAGCCUUGGGACGUCUGGGCUUUGUUUCCCCCCGCUGGGACAGUGUGCUGUUGUGUAGCUCUAGGCACAUUCAAACGAGGACUUGGAAGAGAGAGACCAACAGUGGAGAGAGGCAGAAAGAAAAUAUGGACCUCUGUAAAGUGCCCGGUGUUAAAUUUUUAUGGAACAAAAACUUAUCUGUUCUUUUUCUAUUUCCAACUUCAGUCAUUGUUUCCCUUUUUUUUCUCUGAUGUGUUUGUAAAUGGCCAUUUGUAUGUUAAUAUGAAAAAAAGAAAAAACAAGAUCAAGUACUGAUAGAAGGAUUGCUACAAAACCAUGUUGGUUUUUCUUUCUUUUUUUCUUCUUUUUUUUUUUUUGCUAAAGGAGAAGCUGAGAGAAUCUGCCAUGACUAUCUUUUAAUCUGCUUAUAUCGAGACUUUCUACCAGCCUUUUGCAUGGUCUCUGGACGCAUAUCAUUAAAGACGAAAAAAGCUGGAAGGAAGAUUCUUACUGUGACAGAAAAAAAAGAAAAAAGAGAAAACUAUUUAUUGGUCCUAUUUGUUGCGAAUGGAUAUUCGGUGGAGGAAAACUCCAAGUCGAUCCACCCACUGAGGCCGCGGCGGUCUCGGCCUCUGAUACAAGGCCUUGCAUUUAUUAGACUGGGAAUCCUAUCAGCAGCUCCAAGCGUGCAAAGACGGCACAGCUUGCAACACAAGUUUGGACCUCCUGCUUCUGUGGUUGGAUUGAUUCUUUAGAUUACCACCGAGAACAUUACGCGUGGAAAACAGGUGCAGCGAGACCCCCCUCUGCCCCCUCCACGCCUCCUUCCCCCCCCACCCCAAACACCUGUAUUCUGUAAAUGGUUGACUGCGUCUUCGAUAUAAUCCAGUUUGUUAAUGUCCAAAUGUAAAGUACUUGUCUUCCCUUUUUUUCGGAAAUCUUCCAGAAAGAUUUCUCCAAUAAAAGUCAAUUUCAGUUUUACAUUCCCAAGAAUAUUCUAUAAAUGUUCCAUGCAUCAUGAAAUACAUUUCUUUAGGGUCAGGUACAAUUUGUCUCUUAGGUAUAGUUGUAAUAUAGUGUCCUAUGGUCAUAAAAAAAAUGUGCAACUAGAAAUAUUUAAUUCCUAUAAUUAUGAUUAAACAUUGCUUGACAGAGUUUUAAACUUAAGUGUUUGGCAGUUGUUUACAAGUACAUAUCAGAUCUAAUCAUUGUUGAUUGUAAAACAGACCAAAGCCUUUGUAUUUCAUCUGGAACACAAUGUUUCUUUCAUUCUGUUUUUUUUUUUUUUUUUUUUUUUUUAAGAUAUUAGUUUUGUGUUGGAAAAUUUUGUAAGCACAUUUUGUUCAACUACAUUGGCUUCGAAGACUGCAGUCGAACAGUCCUUAUUUAUAAUUAAAGACCAUGGGAUGGGUUUUAUUUUUGUUUUCUUUUCUAGCAUCAUCUGUCACCAUGCUCUUUUUUUGAGUUUUGCGUUUUUGUUUCAGUGUGUACGUAGAACAUGGACACAUACCGGGGUUUACGUCUGAGCUUUGCUUCUGAGAUAAAACACGCUGUCUCUUAAAUAUUUCAAUUUAAUUUUAUUUAAAAUGGAGCUUUCUAAAUGUAUUUUGUGAAAACUAUAAAACAUUUUGUACAGUAAAAAAAACAAUGUGUCUUAAAGAAAGCCUUUUCUUAAAACAUUUUUUUCUUUUUUUGCGUGCAUUUUGAAGCAUGAAUCAUUCCUGCAUUUGUAAAUAAUUCCUAGCGAGGCAGCUUGUUAUACACACCGCAACAUUUCAAACUCUCACCAAAACAAAGGUGUCCAGAAUAACAAACCUCUCCUGAUGUAUGGGGCUGAGCCGAGUCGACACAGACCACACAACAAAACACCACCACACAAUGAGAAAGGUCAAGCAAUUCACCAUCGCUGGCUCUUGUUUUAGUGGAGUGGCGGUGGUAUGGAAAAAAUACAGAGGAGGAGGCAGAGGGGAGAGAAAGAGAGGUAGAGUGAGAGAGAGAGAGAGAGAGAGAGGGGGAGGGAAAAAAAAAAGUUGGGAAAUAAAGCAGUCAGAGCCUAGAGCGAGGAAGAGGAGCGAUUGUGUGGCAGAGUGAGUUAUUUUGCUUCACUUGCUGCCUCAGCAGGGGGGGUUAUGUGUGUGUAUGCGGGUUUAAACGGGUGUGUGGAGAGUCCAUCUCUAUAAGGCAAAGAUACUCUGGAGAGGAGCGGGGUCAGGUAACACACAGCAAUCUGGAGCGCCAAAUGUCCCACUAAAGUGAUUCAUUGAAUUUACACGUCUCACCCAGUAUUUAAUAGUCCAAUCAGAAGUUGGAGGAUUGGAGGUUAA